CUACAAAUUUGCGUUCAACACUGAUUCAAUUCAAUGGCUGAUUCAUUGAAAAUCAAUGGAAAUAAAAUGUAGCUAAAUGAACCGAGCUAGUUCUCAGACGUAACUUUUAUUUAGUUAUUACUUAUUUAUUGCUAUUUACGCUGUAAAUGUGACGCGCUUUAUUAUUCUUGUCGUCGCUGAUUGUCCAGCGAUUCUUCCCAACAGACGCGAUUUCUGAUUUCUAAAUACGGUGCAGCAUUUUUGUAAAUGCCUUCGGGAAACGUAUCUGGCGUACUAAGGCUGAGGCAUUUAUAUGGCGCCUAGUGCAAGUGUCUACGACCUGUAGCAAGGCUAACGCGGCCCGGACCCGCGCUUAUGGUGGAAGACGCACACGAAGAAGAGGUAUAGGCCAAUGCGAGGCUCGUCGGCGACGGCGAAUCCCGUUCACCGCCGUGCUGCCUGCACUACAGCUCCGGCCUCGGCACGGAUCGCCAACGAAACGAGAGAGAGCGGCCAGUCGAUCGGUCACCGUGCACGCGUGCUUUCAGCGGUGUCCCCGUCGUCCCCGACAGUGUUUCGAGAACUACGAACUCUACAAAUUCCUCUUUCUCUCUCUCCUCUCUCUUCUUCUCUCUCCUCCUCUCUCCUUCUCCUUCUCAGCCCCCUUCACAUACAUACGCACAUACGAAGUGGACCGUUCUCUCUUUCUCUCUUUCUCUCCUCGCCAUCCUGGACUCUGAAACUCGUUUCAGUCAGCCACGGACUGUCCGUUGUUCCCGCGUUGUUGGUUCACGCGUUGCUGGUCGCGGACAGCAGCUCCUUGCCGAGGAGGACGUGGACUUGGAUUUUCCCUUCUUCAUCCGCCUCCGGUUCCUCUCGUCGACAAAUUAGUGGAGUGCGCGCGUGAACGAGCGAGUGUUUACGUGUUAUACGUCUGUGCAGAAGAAUGCGGUAGGAUGCGUAUCCAGGAAAGAUGUUUCCUGCUGGGUCUCUGCCUCUUAGGCGGGGUCACCUUUUCCUUGACAGCCGCCAGUGCUGAAACGCGAGUCACCACGACACCCGGUACCAAUGGCGAAGAUACUCUAGGGGUGCAGCCCCUUCGUACAGAAUGGCGAAAUGAUACAACAGAAUCGAGAAGUGUGUAUCCAACAAAAGAAGCUGACGUCAAGGCCACGACUGAAGCUAAGAAAAAGACCGUGAUAGACUUUAAGGUCAAAGGCGAUCAGAAGUACCAAAAACCCGUCGUCAAGGAUGACGAGGCGAGGAGGGUUGUAGAUUCCGACGCUCCGAUGACGUCAUCGAUUUCACCCACGACGACCUCGAUGAAAAUCGACCAAUCUUCAUCGAUGAUGAAAUCUUUGGACGCUACGGGAGUGACGAUUCCGUUUCUUCUUCACGGAGCACCGAUAGUCGCUGUGCCCAAGACGACGCCAUCGAGCAGUCUUGCUGUCCAGGGUACGACGAGCAGCGCAGUGGGGGCUCAAGUGACGGAAGAAACAACGUCAUCGAGAGGCAGAGCCUUAAACGUCACCGCCUCGGAGCCAACGAACUCGUUGCACGCUAAUAUCACGGAUCUCAGUGACAUCAGCAUGGACGAGGACGACAAAGAAGUCGAAGGCGGAGAGUACAUCGUGCCGCACAAUAAAGCUGCCAUAAACAUUUCCUCGACAUUACUUCCAAAAGCGUCAGUGUGUAUCCACGGAAAUCGCACUUAUUCAGCGGGUGAAAAAGUUGUGCGAGACUGCGAGGAAAAGUGCGUAUGUUCCGAAAGUGGAGUCAUGGAGUGUCAGCCAUUAUGCAGCCACCCUUACGUUAGAGCGGGCAGACAGUUGAAGGAUCCUUUGUGCCAGGAAAAACUGGAUGCUGAGGAACCAUGUUGUGCCCUUGUUCUCUGUCCUGCGGAUUCAGCUACUGAAGCAAACGAGGCGUGUGUGUUCGGCAACAAUACAGUAGCUAGAGGACAACGUAUCGAAGAUGGUUGCACCAGAGUGUGCAUUUGCGAGGCUGGCGGCAACUUGAAGUGUCAGCCCAGGCCCAAGUGUCCGCCGAACGAUACCAUAGCUAAGCAGCACGAUCGCUGCGUCGCAUUACCCGAUCCCAGUGAUCACUGCUGCACGGUUACACUUUGCGACGUUACUUUGGCCGAUCACGAGUUCAAACUGGAAAAUUCCACCGACCUGAGCGUGCAAUUAAUGGACGCGAAGGUAUUGAAUUCGACUGCGAUUAAACUGAAAUUAUCCGCGAAGAAUCCUCAAGAUAUUACCAUAGAGCUCUCGCAGGACAAUCAUGUAUGGAGACAACAGAAUCCCGAUAAAGAUGGUAUAGUUUCGAGUUUGGAGCCUGCGCAUACGUAUUACGUUCGAAUAGCAGAAGGAAGUCGUACUGGGCCGGCCAUACAGGUGUCCUUGCCAGCCGAAGUGGUGAAGACGAAUAUUUCGGAGAAAAUAUCCAACAAGGAUACCUGCAAUUACAGAGGAAAAUCGUAUGAAAUUGGUACAAGCUGGUACGAUGAGUGUCUCUCUGUCUGCAGUUGCACAGACGAGGGAAAAACUGAGUGCGCUACGAUAGAGUGUCCUACGGACUUUGGACUGGCCUUGUUGGAUCGUCACUGUAUAGAUUGGGAGACAGUUCCACCAGAUUUCGUCCCAAAACCACCGCACUGCUGUCCCCAGGAGCUGCGCUGUAGGAUCAACGGCUCUUGCAAUUAUGAAGGAGUCACGUACGACAAUGGGAGCGAGUUACCGUCGAACGUCACCGGCUGCGAGAGGCGUUGUUAUUGCGAUAUGGGCAAUGUGUCCUGUCGCGCUGCUUGCAAAUUCGUACCAGCUCUGCCGCCUGCCAAUUUGCCAUGCCCACCUCAUCAAGCAACCUUGAUGCAGGUACCUACUAACCCGUGCUGCACGCAGUGGACCUGCGGUCAUCCUUCGUCACAACUGUCAGGAGUGAACGUGACGACCGCGUAUCCCGGCCCCUUAGCCACAAACACGUUUGAUCGGCAAACGAUUGACAAUAUCAAAAGACCGAAUAACAAGUCGGAAAUGCUCAAGCCCAGCCAGGAACCGGAGCACGGUACUUCUCCCUUCUCGGAAGACCCGAAAACCGAUCAGACCCAAACGGACACUACUACUCACGGACCUCCCCACUAUCCUAUGGAUCCAGGACAUCCUACAGUGCCCUACAGCGGACCUUACAGUCCCGACUUUCUAUCCACUCAUCUCAAUGUAGACGACAUCUUUCACUUACCCGUUCACUCCGAAAAGCCGAUAUCGAUCCCGAAGGAAAAAUCCAAGUCAAAGUCCGAUUCGAAAAAACCCGUAGAAUCGUUGAAACCUCACAAGGAAAUAAUUGAUCAGUAUUUCCCUGGUCCAUUAGCACCCGAUAAGUUCCCCGAUAAAGCCGCUUCGAUGCCCGCGUACCCCGCCAACGAAAAUCAAUAUGCAAUAGGUUCAUUGAACCCAAACAAAUGGGCGCCUUCGCACAAAGACCGUCCAAUUGACCAGGCUCAGUUCGUUUCGUCACAUUCCCAUCCGGAUAAAUCAGAUCCAGGAUUCUCUUUUAAUAAUCGAGGUAGUAACUCGCCGAUCAAUUUCAAUAACCAGUACGAUAACUCAGCGAUAGGCCUUCCUCAUCAGGGUUCGAUCCCGCUGAAAGCCGAUUCGGUCGACCCGAACGUGGUUGUCCCUACGGUUUCAAAGAAGAAGACCACACCGAGCGGUCCCUUUAUCGAUGCAGAAAAAUUCAAACCACCCUCGGUAUUGCCGGACCGACCGAAACAGGGUCAAAAAAGUCCCGAUCAUGAGACUCUGCCGGAGCAAUUGUAUCACCUGAUAAGCUCGCAGCACCCCGGCCUAAUUCAGCUGAAUCAUACCCCUCCCCAAGGUCACCCGGGCCUGUACGAUCUUCACCAGCAGAUCUCUAGUCAGAAACAGCCGCCCGGUAAUCGAGUGCAACCCGCUUACUUCGGGACGGUGCCUACCGCGCCGAAGAAGACGACGAAGCCCCAUAUCUUUACGCAAAAAGAUGAGAACGGGCAGACCACUUAUCACAUUCACACGCCCGACAUUCCGAAUACCCCGCAGCAAAUCGAAGAGCUACUAGCGCACAUCAAUCAGCACGAUCCCAAUCCCGGGCCCUUCCAACAUUAUCCCGGACAGCCAGCUAUACCCCAUAAUGUACCGAACGGCCCGCUGCCAACUCUACCUCUCCAUAUAGACGCUCACGUACCACAGUCGGGACUUACGCACUUGAACCACCCGCUCGCAGCACAAACGCCCAGUCAGUCAGGGUUGGACCAUAACAUUGUACCUGCAGGCUUUCCUCUGCCUGGAGGUAUAGCUGGAUUCCCUGCCGUGUCCCCUUCAAAUGAAGUCACGAUGCAAAUACUGGAAGCGCUCGACGAACAUACCGUUCGGCUAGUGUUUACCGUACCUCAGGUUCUGGUGGGAUUGCACGGAAGAGUCGAGCUACGAUACACCAGUGAUAAAACGAAUUUAGAUCCAUCCACGUGGAAGGCACAGGUGUUUGCGCCUCCUAAUGACUUGAUCGCGACACCUCAGCUUGAGUUUGAGCUGGGUGACCUGAAGCCGAUGACCGAAUACAAAGUAAAGAUUACAGUGAAACUGAAGGACCUGACCAAUAGUCCAACUAGCAAGAUUUACAGCGUGCGUACAUUGGACACACACACGGAGGUGCCGACUCUGCCCCCGCAAAUACCAAUUGACGCUGAACUUAGAAUAUCGGGGACGAAUUCAACCUGGGUUAACGUUAUGUGGAAGAAAUUCACGGAAUACGAAUUGCAAUUCAUAGACGGCGUUCAGCUGAGAUAUAAAGAAUACGAUAGCAAAGUUUAUGCGGCAACGCCGCUGAUCCAUCGUGCCGUAACGACUUACGUAAUUGAAAACCUCAAGCCAUCGACCAUGUAUGAAGUCGGUAUUUACUUCAUACCGUUCCCAGGACAAUUAACGGAGUUAAUAAGUGAAAAAACGAUUCAGGUGGCCACGUCGAUGGAGCCAGAUCCCUACUCCUUUGAUGUAAAAGUUGAGAUUAAAACCAUCAAAUCGACGGACGUGGAAGUAUCCUGGAGCGGCGUGCCUUAUCCAGAGGACAAAUACGUGAACAUUUAUCGCGCGAUUUAUCAGAGCGACACUGGCAAAGAAGACACUAGCACCUUCAAAAUCGCCAAGAGAGACUCUCACGCCAAGACUGUGAUCAGUGACCUAAAACCUGGCACUAGGUACCGGUUAUGGCUUGAAAUAUAUUUGACGAACGGCAGAAUAAAAAAGAGUAACGUGCAGGAUUUCGUCACAAAGCCAGGUGUACUCUUACCGGCUACUGUGUCUCAGCAAGCUGGAAAAUUUGCAUCGCUUCCUCUGCAUGAAGGAGAUUACUAUGGCCCGCUAGUGAUAGUGGCCAUCGUGGCCUCCUUAGCGAUACUAUCGACCUUGAUUCUACUAAUGAUGCUGAUGAAAAGACGGACAAGUAGUAAGGCUGAUAUAUCACCUCGUAAAACAACAUCAGCAUACGACAAUCCUUCCUACAAGACCUGUGAAGAUGCAGUUACGAUACCCAACGGAAGAAACAAAACUACAGCAGACCACGAAAUGGCUACCAUCAAUUCGAACGUCAAAGAAACUGCCUGAAGUUUUAUAUAAUUUAUUAAAUCUGUAUUUAUUUAUAUUAAAGAGUACUUAAAAAUGCA